CAUGGCCUUCACAUGCUGCAUUCAUUUUGUUUUACCGUCAACCGUUGCCCGCAAUCACCUCGUGUUAAAAUAUUUGAAAUAUAUAUGUAAACUGUAAAGAUAUAUUUUAAGAAUUCGUACCCUGUGAUAAAUUAUAGAUUGAGACAAAGCUAGAACCUUAAUCAUCCAAGUAUUGUUAUUUAGUGAUUAUAAUGGAGCUCGUCAUUGGAGGGAUGUCUGCGGUUUUCGCUGGGAGUUUUAGUAACCCUCUAGAAGUUAUUAAAAUUCGAAUGCAGUUACAAGGUGAACUUCAAGCAAGGGGAAAAUAUGCUGUCCAUUAUCGGAAUGCAUUUCAUGCUGCAUAUAUUAUAGGGAGGAAAGAAGGAAUUUUCGCCCUUCAAAAAGGGUUGACGCCAGCUCUGUUCUACCAAUUUGUCAUGAACGGUACACGGCUUGGAAGUUAUCAACUAGCAGAAAAACAAGGGCUCACUAAAAGAAAAGACGGAACGGUCAAUCCCUGGGGUUCAAUCAUUGCAGGUGCCGCCUGUGGUGCCUUUGGCGCUAUCGUAGGAUCUCCCUUUUACCUGAUAAAAACUCAUUUGCAGUCGAAAACUAACGUAAACGCAAUCGCUGUGGGUCAUCAGCAUGAAUAUACGGGAGGGAUGGCCCAGGCUAUUAAAUCCAUUUACUCAAAAUUCGGAUUUACUGGUCUUUGGCGAGGUAGUUCGAGUGCCGCUCCAAGAGUCGCAAUUGGAAGUGCGGUACAAAUGGUAACGUUUGAAAAGGCUCUAGAAUUCGUCCGGGCCAGCGAGUAUAUCCCUCAUAAUGGACCAUGGAAGACUGCGUUUUUUGCUAGCUUGAUAUCUGGAGUUUUUGUUACCAUCAGUAUGGCGCCAUUCGACCUCGUCGCCACAAGAUUUUACAAUCAAGCAGUUGAUAUUAAUGGAAAAGGUCUGCUAUACUCCUCAGUACUUGACUGCAUGCGAAAAGUUCACCAUGAAGAGGGGAUUUUGGGCUUCUAUAAGGGAUGGACAGCAAAUUACUUUAGACUAGGGCCACACACACUUUUGCUGCUGGUUGCCUGGGAUCGAUUAAAGCACCAUCAUCGACUUUACGAAGAAAAGAACAAAGGCUUAAAUUUAUAAUGUUAAUAUUUAAUAACAACUGAAUUGGAGAUGGCCACUAUCAUUAGUUUAGGAAAUUAUAUUUUUCAAAUGCAAAAUAAGGUGAAAGCUACAAAGACAAAACCCGUUUUAGGAGCUUUACCACAAAUUGUUAUAUAAUUUCACCAUAUACAAAGCCAAAUAGUCCACUACUCUCUGAUGCUAUCACAAAACAGUAUACAUAGUAGUAUACGUAUUUAUGCAGAAUUUAGCGAUAAUGUUCUAAACAAACGGUUGGCCGCACUUUUAAUGAUUAUUUUUAGUAAAUUUCAAUUGCUCACAGAAAGUGUAGAACUGUUGAAUUUACUUAGUACGCGAAUUGAUGACAAAAUGAUACUUACAUAUGUAAACUGCACUCUCUUGUCAAUCCUAUCAAAGACACGUCGCUAAUCAGUAUUAAAAUAUUUCGAUGUAGCGAAAUAUAGACUGCGUUUCGAAUAACUAUAUACAAAUUUACCAUUUAAGUUCAAACGAUAUAUUACAAAAAAUGUGUCACAAGUCAGACUCGAGUUUACAAAUCUUACAUUUGGACGAGUUGAUUGAUUGAUUCAACAAAAUAAAACGCUCUUGAAGAAAAA